CAAUAACGUAGUGAUUUUUUUUAAGAAAUAAUUUUUAUUUCAAACAGUAUAAAAAUUAUAUAGAAUGACUACCUUAAAAGAAAUAUGUGCUGGUUUACCACUUAAUCCACUUCCUAAAAAGAGAUCACGGGACAAUAAUGUUCUGCAUGCACCUGUACGAACACCUAAUUUAUCACCACAAGAGAUAAAGCUUGCUGUUCAAAAUGCACUACGGUAUUUUCCAGAAAAUGUUCAUGAAGAAUUAGCUUAUGAAUUCGCUGAAGAGUUAAUCAACUAUGGUCAUAUUUACAUGUAUCGGUUUCAACCUUCAAUUGAAAUGAAAGCUUACCCAAUUGAUGAGUAUCCUUGUAAAACUCGUCAAGCUGCUGCUAUAAUGCUAAUGAUAAUGAACAAUCUUGAUCCAAGAGUUGCUCAGUUUCCAAAUGAAUUAAUAACCUAUGGUGGGAAUGGUCAUGUUUUUUCUAACUGGGCCCAAUUCCUAAUUGUUAUGAACUACUUAUCUAUUAUGAGUGAACAUCAGACUUUAGUUAUGUACUCAGGACAUCCAAUGGGUUUGUUUCCAAGUAGCCCUUCUUCACCCAGAGCUGUAAUUACAAAUGGCAUGGUUAUUCCAAAUUAUUCAUCAAAAACUGAUUUUGAAAGGAUGUUUGCAUUAGGAGUUACAAUGUAUGGGCAAAUGACUGCAGGCAGUUACUGCUAUAUUGGUCCUCAAGGAAUAGUUCAUGGUACCACUUUGACUAUUCUUAAUGCUGGGCGAAAAUAUCUGAAGACUGAUGAUCUUUCUGGAAAGGUGUUUGUAACAUCUGGUUUAGGUGGUAUGAGCGGAGCUCAAGCCAAAGCUGGAGUAAUAACUGGUUGUGUUACCGUUGUGGCUGAGGUCUCCAAAGAUGCAUUACUGAAGCGAUACAACCAGGGGUGGUUGUUAGAGAUUGCUGAUUCGCUUGAAGACCUAGUUAAUAAAGUGAUAAUUGCCAAGGAUAGUAAGCGCUCUGUGAGUAUUGGUUACCUUGGAAACAUUGUUGAAGUGUGGGAACACUUGGUAGAUGUGUAUAAAAAAACAGGCAAUCGUUUGGUGGAUUUAGGAUCUGAUCAAACUUCCUUGCAUAAUCCGUUUAAUGGUGGUUACUAUCCAGUUCAGCUCACUUUUGAAGAGUCCAAUAAAAUGAUGCAUAGUGAUCCAGAAAAUUUUAGAAAACUUGUUCAAGAAAGCUUGCGCAGACAUGUUAACGCUGUCAAUAUUCUAAGUGAUGCUGGGAUGUACUUUUGGGAUUAUGGUAAUGCGUUUCUUCUCGAAGCUUCAAGAGCAGGAGGUGAUGUAUCUAAACCUGGUGCUCCCGCUGGAAUAUUUAAGUAUCCAACAUAUGUACAAGAUAUCAUGGGUGACAUAUUUUCAAUGGGUUUUGGUCCAUUUAGAUGGGUUUGUACAACUGGCUUGUCAUCUGAUCUUGAGGAAACCGAUAAGAUAGCUGAAGAAGUUCUUAAAGAGUUUGCAAAAGACCAGUCUCUUCCAGAUUAUGUGCUUGGUCAGAUAAAUGAUAACAUUAAAUGGAUACAAGAAGCGGCAAAUCAUGAUUUGGUUGUUGGUUCACAAGCACGCAUACUCUAUUCUGAUCAGUUUGGAAGAUCAGGAAUAGCUGUAGCUAUGAAUAAUGCUAUCAAUGAAGGUCGAAUAAAGGGCCCUAUUGUUAUAAGUCGGGACCAUCACGAUGUUAGUGGUACUGAUAGUCCAUUUCGAGAAACAUCUAAUAUUUAUGAUGGAUCUUCAUUUUGUGCAGAUAUGGCAGUUCAAAACUGUAUUGGUGAUUCAUUUCGUGGUGCAACGUGGGUAGCAUUACAUAAUGGUGGAGGCUGUGGUUGGGGUGAAGUUACUAAUGGUGGUUUUGGUCUUGUGCUGGACGGUUCUCUAGAGGCUGGUGAGAGAGCAAAAAAAAUGUUAGCUUGGGAUGUUUCUAAUGGGGUUGCUCGAAGAGCUUGGUGUGGACACCCGUAUGCCCAAGAAGCAAUAACUAGAUCUAUGAAUGAAAAUGAGGCACUCAUAGUGACUAAAUCGCAUUCUAUUAGCAAUACGGAUGUCAUAGAAAAAGCUCUGGAAUCAAUUGUAAAAUAGCAAUUAACUUCGACGCAUUAAGUUAUAUUGGUUGGAAUAUAGUUAUUGGAAACUCGAUACUUUGUUAUAAAUAAUAUUUUUUUGCUAUUAGAAAAGUUUUUCGUGUUGCA